GCUAAUAGCAUGGUUCAGUUACUGUGGAGGAGGCUGCUGUUGUUGUUUGACAAUGGGUGCUGUUCAGACUGAGAUUGCCCUGUGCAGUCGGCCUUGGAGGGGCCCCUUCCACAUCUAUGUGGGACUGGCGUGCAACUCACUCACUGCUGCUUUGUCAAAGUACAUUCUGUUUAGUAAGUAAGUUAACGUUAGGAGAGAGCAAGAAAGUUAAACACAAUUUGAGAGGCCAAGAGAUCUUCAGUGUGUUGUGUGCUUUUGCCUGUUGUAUUAAUGGUGUUGUUCAACAUAGAAUGGUUGGUGUCCUGAAUAAACACUAUCUGUUCUCCUAAGAGUUAAGAACUGGAAUUGUUUCAGAUAUUUUUUGGCAUUGGUUGAGGUAAUGAGAGAUGGAGAAAAUGGAAGGAGAGAGCAGUUAGAUCAAUAUACUGUAUCUUGGUGUCUUUCUAGAAGAAUAGAAGAAGAAUACUGUCUAGGCCACUGAUGGUGUUAUUCAAAUUGAAAAUGAAUAAAUAUAUAUAAUUGUCUUACGAACCAAAGUCUAGUUUCGGAAUAGUCCAGUAUGUAAAGCAAUACAUUUCCCUCACAAUGGGCAACUGCCUCUCAUUUCCACAUAAACUCUCCUGGCUGUUCCAACCGGUUUAUCUGAUGAAUAUUAAUUUAUUUAUAUUGUUGAGACGAGUAUGAUCAGUUUGGAGAGAGAGAGGAAGUCUGUGUCCGUGUGGGUGUUUAGUUCACACAGGGAGUGUUUUCGGUGAUACUUGGGCAGGGGAGCAGGCAGGAACCGGGCACUGGGGUCCAGGAGGUUGCUUGUCUCGUAAUGAUGUGCUGUGUUUAGACAGGCUAUGAAGGAUGUGUGUUUCCACAGACUUGUGGUCAGACAGGACUCCUCUUCACGAUGCUGCCUACCAUGGUAGACUCCUGAUCCUGAGGACUCUGGUCACACAAGUACACAGUCAAAAAAGAUGAUAUACACACACACUAAACAUAACACACACAUGUCAUAUACACAACAUUAACACAUUUUCCUCCACUCUCUCUCAGGGGUUCCAUGUGGACAUGCUGACCAUGGACAUGGGUCUAUCCCCUCCACCAGGCCUGUCUCGGAGGCCAUUGCGCCUGCACCAAGUUCCUGCUGGAGAACGGGGCCAAUGUAAGGAUGCCAUUUUAGAUUGACAGUGCACAAAGUGCUCUAUAAAGUGAGAGCAUUAUUACUAAUCAGCCAUGUGUGUAAGCUAGGCCUAUUAGAUAUUGGAAUCGUGGCACUUCACUUGCACAUUUACUCUGUCCGUCAGCCUCCCUCUCUGGCUUUUGCGGUGGUGGCUGUAUUACUUUUUUUGGUAAAUAUGUGAACAUAUUUGUUGUAUAUUGUUACAAUUGUUUCUUGUUCUAGACUUGUGAAAUAUUGGGCUCUGUCUUUUGACUCCAUAUCUAUAGUUUGUUGUGUCAUCGACUUGAGCACCUUUUUGAAUGAGGCGUGCACGCGCCAUUUGUCAGAUCAACCAAUCUGCGCUUCGCUUAGCCUAAUAACUUAAAUGAGAAGCAGCCGUUCUGGAACCAAGAAAUCCUGGACUCCCUGAUCUGGUUAAGACAAGCUGGAUAUGUUCAGGAAAUCCUGAAUUUGUUAAACCAUCUUUCUGGAAUACCCCUCAGGUGUUCUUAAUGUUUUGUAUACUCAGUGUAUGUAGCGUGAGCAUCUAAAGCCUCUUCAUGUGAUUGGCCCUUGUGUUUCUCUGUAGGUCAAGAUGGUAUCAACUGAUGGAGCCACGCCCCUCUUCAAUGCCUGCAGCAGUGGGAGUGUUGCCUGUGUCUGACUGAUUCUACAGUACAGCUUCACCACACACCUUGUCCACCACCUGUCAUCACCCAUCCACGAGGCUGCGAAGAGAGGUAAGUGUAUGUGGUUGUAUUCUACAUAUAUGUGUGUUUUUGCGGAUGUAUUUCAUAUGCAGAAUCAGAAUGAUCCUUUCAUGCAGCAUGAUGGUGUAAUGGUAAACAUUGUACUCAGUAAAAGUCGUUUCCCUCCCCAGGUCACAGGGAGUGUCUGGAGGGGUCUCAUGGGGCCCACAUAGACCUUGAGCUGCCUGGUGUGGGAACCCCUCUGUAUACUGCUUGUCUGGCUCAGGCCACCGACUGUGUAGAGAGACCGCUGCAAUCAGGUGUUGAUGACCAGGGUGGGUGUGGUCAGGACACGUCGUUACACGCAGCAGUGCAAGGGGGAGGAGUCAGGGAGGUGGAGCUGCUGAUGGACUACGGGGCUGAUGGGAGUUGUAGGAAUUCAGACGCAGAGCAUGUGAGCGGAGUGGAGCGGGAGCGAGCGGGGAGCGCGAGUGGCCGGAUUUUGGACAGAGCGCAGAGCGGCAUUUUAAAAUGGACGGAGCGUCGCCCUAUGUCCCGCUCCAAUUUCGCUCCGCUCACACAACGAGUCUGAAGCAUGCUCAAGCCUGACCCAGAAUCCAUCUGUGUCUUGCACAGUCAUCAACAGUAGACUAUUUUCAGUCAGAACUCGGCUCAAUAAUGGAGUUCACCAAGUACUUCAAAAAGGAAAAUGAGAAGUCAUACAGGUGUACUAUUAAUAUAAAACUAACUAACAAUGAUAAUGUGGUUCAAGAAAAAGAAUGUGGUGACAUCGUUUCAGUCAGUAAAGAUUCAUUUUGGAAUCUAAAAAGACACAUCUCUCGAAAACACGAAAGUGUGCUACGAGAAACAUGCUGCGAAGAAAGCAAAAGGUUAGCAAGUUGAAUAGGGUAACUUGUAACAAAAGUGUAAAGUAAAUAUAGCCUAAUAUUCAAACAAAUUCGUUUUGUCAUUCAAAGUAGGCCUAAUAUAUGGUUCGUUUAAUUUAAUUUGUGUCGUCCAUGAAUUUGUAUUUUAUAAAGCAAGAGGAGCAGCAGCAGCAACAAGAGAAAAGGGUUGAGGAAUUCAAAAGUUUAUUCACUGCACACAAAGGCCCAACCAUAACAAGGGAGAGAAAAAGAGAGCUGGAUGUAGCAUUUAAAAAAAUUAUUUACAUGGACUAUGAACCGCUGAGUAAAGGAGAACGUGAAGGGAUGCAACACUUCGCCAGCGCAGCUCAACUGGGCUACACCCCCCACCCCCCCCACCCCCCCCAUGCUACAACACCGCACGGGACACAUUCAUGCCACAUGCCCUGGAAGAGAUGGAAGCCAAACUGCAAGACCUACUGCAAAAUGGUGAUGGGCUCGUUCAGUCAGUGGACAUUUGGACCAGUAGAAGAGGGAACAGCUUCCUUGGCAUCGUGGCCAGUUUCAUUGAUGGGACGUUCCGGGGGCACACGGUUUUGUUGGGCUGUGAGCACAUACAGGGGCACCAUACCGCAGAUCGUAUUUACCAAAAGUAUGAAAGUGUACUGAAAUAUUGGAACGUGCAACGACGUGUGAUUCGGGUCAUCACUGACAGUGCCAGCAACAUGAUCAAGGCAUUUAACCUCCUCCCUGGCACUGAAGAGGAGGCGGAGGGUGAAGUGACCGCGGAUGCCAGCAGCAGUGCAGAACAUGAAGAGGAGGAUGAGGAACCACCUGCGCCCUCGCAAGUCCAUGUGGAAGUGAUAACCUCUAAUGUAGAAACUAUGAUAAAUCUGUACUUUACUGUGUUAAAUUUACAUCUGAGAUGCCCCAUUCACAUGCUUCAGCUGGCGAUCAAAGACGCCAUUAACGAGCACGACAACAUUAAUAGGCUGUUAGUGAAAGUUGGGCACCUGGUGAAAAGUGUACGCAAGAGCACCCUGAACACAGAGGAAACCGACCAAUUAGGUGUCCGCCCCACAAAUGCCUGCGCCACUUGAUGGAUCACUUGAUUCAGUCGUUCAUCCGGUUAUUCCAAAAAUAACCGUUAUGGCAAAACAAACUCAAGUCUAAUGUUGCUAACAUCACCCUGAAUCAAGUACGGCAGCUGACACACCUUUUCAGUGUGCUGACACCACUGGCAGACCUCACAGACAAAAUGCAGAAGGAGCUGGGGAACCUGGGGAUGAUCCUCCCUGCUGUCACAGAAAUCAAAUCCCUGCUCACCGAUGACACUCACGCUGCACUUUCAAUGGGCAUCGCUGCUUUUGCAGAAACAUUGGCUAACAACGUGUCAAUUCGCUAUGGAAUAUACUAUACUGAUAAACAUCUCAUUUUAGCAUCAGUGUUAGAUCCCCGUUUCAAGACAGAAUGGAUAAUCCGAGAUGAGUCUGUAUGCAACAAACUCGGGGAGAUCUGCAACCUCCUCAUAAAAGAAGCUGAGGAAAUUAACGCUCCCAGCGGGACACCCGAGACAGACACCCCACCCGCCGCUGACCUGAAUCCCGAGCCUGAACCAAAAAGAGCUUGCCUGUUCGGGUCAUACUUCAGUGAGCAGCUACGCAUAACCGGAGACGCCAAAAUUACCUCUCAUCCCCGAGACAGAACCCGGACGCAGAUGUUAUUCGAUUUUGGAAAGAAAACUCCACGCCUGGCUAAAGUAGCUUGCAUUGUGUUCAGCAUCCCAAGCGGGUCUGUGAGCGCAGAGAGGAUUUUCUCCGCUGGUGGCCUGCUGUCAAGAAACCACCGCAUGAGUCUGAAGCCUCAGACAUUGGUCAAACUUGUGUUCUUGAAGGUGAACUCAAAAGAACUGUAGAUAAGGAAAGCAAUUCAUUUUUUAAUUUUUAAUUUUAAAGUUUGACAAUGGAUACAAGCCAAUUUUAAUUUUAAUCCACGUGCAAACUGCGCAAAAGUUCAGUUAUCAGAAUUUUGGCCUAAUAGUUAAUUUACUUUUAAAACUUUGAUGUAUAGCCUGUAUAUUUUUAUUUAUGUAAUUAGGCCCAUUGAUUCGUUAAAUUUUACAGGACUUUUUGUGUAUAUUCCUUCUUACAUAGGCUAGGCCUAAUUUGUAAUUUGAAAUAAAACAUUUAUAUUUGGAAAAUGUUGUUGUUGCUCUUUAGUUCUUUGGGAGGUAAGGCUGUGGUUUAAGCUAAAAGUGAAAUACAUGCAGAUUUUUUUCCUUUUUUGGAGCGAGCGAGGGGGCGAUUUGAGUGGAGCGCGAUGCAAACUUCGUUGAGCGCUGAGCGAUAAUGAGCGGACUGGCCUGAAGUGGCUUUGAGCGGGGGGAGCGGAGGGGUGAACAGCUCCGUGAGCGAGGAGCUGAGAUUCUCACCGCUCCACUCCGCUCAUAUGCUCUGUUCAGACGGGAAGACUCCUAUGGAGCUGGCAGCCACGGACACUAGUCAGAACUACAAUACAGAAAAGGGGUGAGAAUAUGCACAUUCACGCACAAACACAUGCAUGCAUGAGUCUACCCAAACUUCUUACAGUAUGAAAGCCUUCCAUCAGUACAUAAACUAUCAAUAGAUUUUCCAUGUCUAACCUAUCUGCUCCCAUCCUCUUUUUCGUUCUACCUCCUCAUGUCUUUUUCCCCAGGUCCCUGCACUCUCUCUCAGCUGUGUCGAUUCUGCAUUCGGAAGAGUUUGGGACGAACUCGUCUGCACAGAACAUCAGGCCUCUACCUCCCUUACAGAUUCCAGGCUUUCCUGCUU